AUGGCCGCGCGCCCCCCGCCUGCGGCCCGCCGGGCGGACCCGACCCCCGCGCCGCCGCCGCCGCCGCCGCCCAGAGCCCCGGCCCGAUCCCGCCGGGUCGCGCGCGCCGCCCGGGAACUUCCGCUCCCCGCGCGGCCCCGCCCCGGAAGCCCUCCGCCCGAGCGGCCCUCCUGGCGCCGGAAGCGAGCGUCGCGCCGUCGGUUCCGCGGCGCCGCCCUCGUCCCGAGUCCGGAGCCCGGCGGCCGGGGCCCAGCACGCUCGGCGGGCCCGCGCGCGGCUCGUCCUUACCGCGUGAGAACGGCGGCCUCCGCCUCGGAGGCUGGCCCGGCGCCCGCGCCGUCCCGGCACGCGAGGCGGCCGUUGUGGCGUGGCCGCCGCGGCCCGGCGUCUCCUCGCGGCGGCCUUGUGGCGAGACCCAGAGGCGCCUUCCUCAGCCUCAGGCGGCGGGAGCUGCGACCGGGGGCGAGAGCGCCCCGCGGGAGCCGGUGUGUUGCGGCCGAGGGCGCCGUCGGGCCGGGCUCGAGCGCGAGCCCCGCGCUGGGAGAGGGGCCAGCCGCCGGGCCCGGGGCGCGGGGCUCCGUUACGGAGCUUCCCUCCCGGACCGGAGUCCGCUCGGGCGCCCUGCACUGCCUUCCGCGAGGCCUGGCCCUGGACGUCCAUGGUGCCUUCGCCUUGUCCGGUGUCUGCGAGAAUCCCGAUGAGUGCGUGUGGCCGGCCUCCCGCGGUGACGUCGGCCCGCCUGGCCCGCCGCCGGCGAGGACCCCGGUAGGCCGGGUGGAGCCCCCCGUGCCGCCGCUGUGUGUGCCCAGGCACCCUCCGCUGGCCGGCCGCCGCCCCUGCGCCUCGGCUGUGCGCUCCGCCGGGUGAUGACUGAGCUAAACGGGUUGUAGUGGUUGCUGCACAGCUCCGUGAGUAAACGAAAAGCCGUGAACUCUACACUUCAAACUUUAUGAAACGAGGUGAUACAGUAUGUAAUUACCCUGAGAAUUGCCUUGUUCACUGGUGUACCUUAGAGAAGCUCCCGGGCACAACCUGCUUUGUUCGUUCUGAUGAUGGAAAAACAUUUCACGUUACAUUCAUUAGACUAGGCUGAUGAUGCUUUACAGACUAAUACUUCAGGUCACACCUGAGUGGCUGUGGUGGUUGAUCUUAUAUAUCAACUUGACUAGAGUACGGGAUGCCCAGAUCUUUGGUUAAACAUUAUACUGGGUGUGUUUGUGAAGGUGUUUUAGGGGAAAUUAACGUUUGAAUCAGUAGACUGAAUAAAGACGGUUGCCCUCCCCAGUGUAGAUAGGGCUUAUCCAACACAUUAAAGGUCUGAACAGAACAAAAAGGUACAGCCAGGGGCUUUCCUGGCGGUCCAUGCUUCCACUGCAGGGGGCACAGGUUCAGUCCCUGGCCAGGGGACUAAGAUCCCAUAUGCCAAGUGGCAUGGCCAGAUAAUAAACACACACACAAAACACAUGCUGUUUAUAAGAGACACGUUGGUUUAACGUUCAAAAUCCAUUUGAUAUGAUCAUCAAUUAACAAAGGAGAAAAACAUGGUUAAAAAAAAGGUAUAGCCAGACAGAGUUGGCUCUCUGCCCAACAGCUGGACGUAGACCAUCUCCUGCUGCCUUUGGACCCAGACUCAGUCUAGAAACUACGUCACCAGCUCCCCAGGGCUCCAGCUCGUUGACGGCAGACUCUGGCCCUCCUCAGCCUCCACAGCUGCACCAGCCAGUUCCUCACAAGGAGUUGUGUGUGUGUGUGUGUGUGUGUGUGUGUGUGUGUGUGUGUGUGUGUGUG